AUGGAAGAGCUUGCCGACGACGACGCCGAGAUGGCAGGUAUCGUACCGUCGCAGAUGCCACGAACGCACCGGAUUUGGUCUCGACCUUUACUCAAGGACAGAAAUGAGGACCUGGAAGUAUCUGAAUCUAUGAUCGAAGCCCGCAAGCACGUUCAUCGCAGUCUUCUUCGUCGUCUGAUUCGACGACCCCCACUCGAUAAGACUCGGUCGCUGUUUGUCAUGCCAACCAUAAAUACUCGAGAUCAGUUCAUGAUAUCGGGUUGGAUGCCUCCGAGAAGCUCUGCGCGACCGAUCACGAUGACAAGUAGACGUCCAACGGUGCUAUCUGUGAGUGAAGAUAUGAAAUUUCACACAGAAAGACGGCAUAGACGGUGCCAUUCAGAGCAACCACGUGCAUGGAGGAGACCUAGUGCCACGCUGUGGACUCUACAAGAGGAAGGGGGAAAUGAGGAGACCGGGCCAGCGAAUCGUCGUAUUGGAGUUUGA